AUGAUUCUGUUCAUCAUUAUUAUGGACAGAAUUUCUCGGCGCAGCCAAGGUCUCGAGGGGCUCCAAUUUGGGGGCCUUAGCAUCUCAUCUCUGCUGUUGGCAGAGGAUGUGGUCCUGAUGGCCUCAUCAUGCUGGGACCUUCAGCGUUUACUGGGGUGGUUUGCAUGUGUGUGAAGCUUUUGGGAUGAGACUCAGCACCUCCAAAUCUGUGGCCUUGGUUCUCAGUUGGAAAAUGGUGUAUUGCGCCCUCUGGAUUGGGAGUGAAGUCUUGCCCCGGGUGGAGGAGUUCAAGUAUCUCGGGGUCUUGUUCACGAGUAACGGAAGGAGGGAGUGCGAGGUCAACAGGCGGAUCAGCGCGGCAUCUGCAGUAACUUUUGCGGUGAAAAGAGAGAGCUGAGCCAGAAGGCAAAGCUGUCAAUAUUGUAUGUUGAUUUAUGUCGACCUAUGAUCCCACCCUGAUCUAUGGUCAUGAGCUUUGGUCUUGACCAAAAGAACAAGAUCACAGAUACAAGCAGCCGAAAUGAGUUUCUUCUGUAGGGUGGCUAGACUCACCCUAAGAGAUAGGGUGAGGAGCCAGGUCAUCCGGGAGGGUCUCAGAGCCACUGCCCCCUUACAUCAAGCCAGUUGAGGUCCGGAUGCCUCCUAGACACCUCCCUGGUGAGGUGUUCCAGGCAUACCCAGCAGGUAGGAGGCUCCGUGGCAGACCUAGGACACGGUAGAGGGAUUAUGUCCCACAGCUGGCCCGGGAACGCUUUGGUGUCCUCCCAGUGGAACUGCAAGAGGUGGCCGGGGACCGGUCUUCUGGUCUUCCCUACUGAGACUGCUGUCCGCACAACCCGGACUGCAUGGAUGGAUGGAAUUAAAUCCCUGUUGUUGCUGACAUCUUACCAAUUCACCAUGGGAAACAAGUUCAUCCGGAAGCGAGAGUCUCCAGUUGGCAGUGUUGGCCCAGACCAGAAGCCAGCCGAAGACCAAAAGACGACACAAAUAGGAGCUUCUGAUGUGACGCCAGCUCAGGAGACGAUGCCGGCAGAGAAGCUCGAUGUGGUGGCUGAGAAGGAAGUAGCGGAGGUGUCAUGUCUGCCCGAUGAAAAGUGCGUGUCCAUGCUUGAAGCAGCCCCAGAACCGGAUCCUAAACCCAAUCCAGAGGCAUGUGUUGUUGAGGCCACUCCAGAGGGAGAGAAUGAUCUAUCAUCAAUGUCUUCAUCCCCUUCCAUUGAGCUGAGCACUCCUGAUGGCACUCCCCAACCAUACCAAAAUCCCACAGAGGUCCAGGUGAGCGAGGGACCUCAAGACGAUGCAGUGGCUGUUGUGAAUUCUACUUUGGAACCGGAAAAGCCUGAAGAGGAGCCAGAGCCAGCUGUAGCGCCAGCCGAUGUUGUGUGUGCUGGGGAUAUGAAGCAGCGAGAGGAAAGCAUCAGUGAAUCCCUGAAGAAGCUGUCUCUGAAUGCAGGAGCCGAGCCAGACCUCACUGAUGACACUUCCACAGACACAAGCAGCAACACCAUUCAGGUGAUGUGAACCCCUUACUGCCCUUAAUCCUCAAGGACACUAAUUUAGUUUUUUUUUGUCACAACAAAGGUAAAUUGCUUCAACUCGUGUUUUCUAUGCUGGUGUUGGGGAGUGCAUAGUGGGAUAGAAGACAUGUUUCCUCUCCGCAAGUUAAAAAAAAGAAAAAAAUCGUUCCAUUUCUUAUGACUGAAUGAAAAGAGAUCGCUUAAAUCACUACCAAGAUGGGCAAUGUAACCAAGUCACCAUAUUUUCCAUAAAGACACUGUAAGGUCUUGUGGCUUUCCAACUGAAAUAAAAGUAUUAUUCACUCUGUGUGCUUUUGUGGCAAAAAAUGUCCAGGAUGAGAAGAAAGUGCGUGUGGAUGACUUCAAUGUGCAUGGCCGAGCGUGAA